CUGGGGGAUCAUCAUCUACUGGGCAACACCCCUAGUUUUGCGGUUCUUUCACGAGCGCCAUAGAUAAUGAUGCGUCCGUGGGUGAGCGUGGUGCUGCUGCUGGUGGCGUGCUGGUGCCUGGGUGCGCUGGUGCACGGCCAGACCUUCCAGUACUCGCACGGCUGGACCAACGGCCGCAAGAGAGCCGGCUCCAGCUCCGCCCCCGGCGCCCUGCUGCCCCCCGGCCGCCUCCCGCCUCCAGCUGCCGCCUCCGACAUGGACGCACAGCCGUGUCGCGUGCGAUGCCUGCGCCUGCUGCUUCAGGGAGGCGCAGUCCCUCAGCUGUACGUGCCGCCCGAGCUGUGGCAGCAGGUGGACGAGGAGGGCGACAACAUGGCGGCGCGCCAGCGCGGGGGCGGCGCCCGCCUCCGGCAUGCACUUCCACCCCCAGGGGCGGCUGCCGCCGUCGACUCUGACGAGGACAUGUGAUGCCGCGCAAGUACGCCCGCCUCCACGCUACAGCAGCAGUACCACCGUUCAGCUACACGCUUCACUUCUCGACUGACACGCUGAUCUCUAUUUCUGUCCAGUAUGUGUUCUCAUGUAUCGAUUUUUAAUGAAAAUAAAGGCCCUUUCUUUACACAACUA